AUCAUUUACAGUGGCUAUUCAGGAUGCGAUAGCUUUGGUGGUUUCAGAUGAAUAAGUUGAUAAGGAAAGUCUUUGAGAAGAUAUAUAUUUUUUGCACCUAAAUUUUAGAAAUUUGAAAGGAAUAUAUUUGUGGAAUAUAACUGCAAAAUAAACCAUAGGAUUUCUUUAUGAUGUGUUGAGAUCCUUGCAAGAUGGCAGCAGUGAGUGGUAAUUUGUACACAGAAUAUCCUGGUAGGAUGGGACCGAAGGGAAUUGCAAAUGGACAGGUACAGUUCCCAGCAACUAGAGACCUCCAUCAGCACAAUGGUCUAAAUGACAGCCAGGAAGAAGAAGAAUUGGAUAUACCAAUUGUUAUGUAUAAGGGUGAAGAUCGCUUUGGAUUUUCUAUAAUGGGAGGUGUAGAUGAAGGCUUCAUUCCCAGGGUAGAUGCAGUUUCAGAAGGUUCUCCUGCAGAAAGAUCUGGUUUGGAACUUGGUGACGAGAUCAUCACUGUGAACGGGGAAUCUUUGGAACAUGCAGCACAUCAUCAAGUAAUCGAUUUUAUACAUCAGUGUAUUCAGUCAAGAAAAAUCUGCUUGAGAGUACGACGGCAAGUUGGCCUUGUUGGAGGUGGGUCUGUUGGGCAGAAUAACAUUCAUGAAGCUUAUGUUAUCGCCGUUGACACAAAUGCACGCGAGAAACUAGCUAAACUUACAGCCCAAAAGAAUGUUACAACCAUAGACAUGGCCACCAUGCCACCCCUACAGCCCUUAAAAGAGAAUGGUGUGGGUAACCAGGCUAGUUACAGUUCUUCCAGUUCUAGGGGCUCUACAGCCAGAGAUCUCACGGCCUCAGAUGGUGCCAAUGCACCUCUGCUGCUCCAAAAGAGUUCUCCAAUAGCAAGAGAAGAAGUUCAACUUCACACGUUAAAUGGUCAUUCAACAAAAAAUGAUUGUGGAUUUGUUAAUGCUGCAUUUGAGGACGAACUGCAAUUUAAUGGACUUGAGGAACCAAGACCAGGAACAAACUUUACAAAGUCCCACAAAGUGCAACAAAAUAUUGAAAAGUUGCCGCAGUCAGAUAUUCACUCAGCAGCGACAAUGCCAAAGGGGACUUUCCGUGAAAUGGCAGUAGACUGCCCUGCAGAUUUUGUAGCAGCAAGUGGCAUGAAAAAUCCACCACAAGUUGUUUCUAAUGGAAAUUUACCGCAGAACCGACAUGAUUUAUCAGCAACACACAAGAACACCAAUAACAGUCAGAGUACAAUAAGCCCAUCGGUCACUGACAGGACACAAGCUCUACCAAAUUCAAGUUUGAAAUACCUUGUGGCAGAUGAUAGUCCUCCAGAACCAUCAAAAACAAUUGGAUUGGAGGAUUUACUGAAUACACUAGAUCGUGUUCAAUCAAAAUUAAAGAGUACAGAGGACCAGAAGCAAGUGAGCUUCUUGCAGGAUCUCUUUACAAGCAAGGACUUCCAGGAUGCUGUCACAACUCACAAUAAAAUGAUGGAAGUGGUCAAGGUCGGAGGUCACGAACCCCUCCUAGACCAUUCAGUGGUGUUAAUGGAUGAUGUCCGCGAAAUCCUUCAAGAUACACACAGUAAGGAUGCUGAUGAGCUACGAUGGAUAUUUGACAGUGUAAAUAUGAAGUGUGUUCUACAAGCUCAUGAUGACAUUGCGGAGGAAGAGUUUAUGAAUCAGACAUUAGCAGAAGAAGACGAUCUUGAACGACAAUCAGAGAUUACGGAAGAUUCUGUGAAAAUUGUCCGCAUUGAUAAAAGUGAAGAACCACUAGGAGCAACCAUUUUAAAUCAUGGAGAUUGUGUGUACAUAGGGAGGAUAGUGAAAGGGGGUGCUGCAGACAAGAGUGGACUACUCCAUGAAGGGGAUGAAAUAUUGGAAAUAAAUGGACAAGAGAUGAAGGGGAGAUCAGUGAAUGAAAUAUGUGACAUCAUGGGAUCUUUAUCAGGAACAUUAACAUUCCUUCUAAUUCCAUCGAAAGAUACAAAGCAACAAGUUGGAGAAAAUGUGGUGCAUGUACGAGCUCAUUUUAACUAUGAUCCUGAUGACGAUGAGUACAUUCCUUGUCGGGAGCUAGGCCUAUCGUUCCAGAAGGGGGAUAUCUUGCAUGUUAUCAAGCAGGAGGAUAACAGCUGGUGGCAGGCCUACAGGGAUGGGGAGGAGGACCAGGUGUUAGCUGGUCUUAUACCUAGUAAAUCAUUUACACAGCAGAGAGAAGCUAUGAAGCAAACAUUACAGGACGACCCAGAACCCCAGAAAAAGUUGAUGUGUGGCUGCAAAUCAAAAAAGAAAAAGAAAAAGAAGAAAGUUCUCUACAAUGCAAAUGAAAAUGAAUAUGAGAGUGAAGAAAUUUUAACAUAUGAAGAAGUAGGGAUGUACCAACCGAAUAUCCACAAAAAACGACCAAUAGUGCUUGUUGGGCCACACAGCGUGGGUAGGCAUGAGCUGAGGCAGAAACUCUUAGAGGAUUCAACAAAAUUUGCAUCAGCAGUACCUCACACGAGUCGAGCAAAGAAAGAUUUUGAAGUCGAAGCAGAGGAUUAUUACUUUGUGACACGACAGCGUUUUGAACAAGAUAUCACAGCAGGAAAAUUUGUAGAACACGGAGAAUUUAUGAAGAGCUUAUAUGGGACGAGCCUCGAUGCAAUACGCCUCGUAGUUAAUUCGGGCAAAGUUUGUGUUUUAAAUCUACAACCCCAGGCCUUGCGGACUGUAAUUGAGGAUGUACAAAAAAUACAAUGGAAUUCUUCCUGGUUAAUGUCAUUGAAGAUUCUGAAAAAUUCUGAUUUGAAACCAUACUUUGUGUUUGUGUACCCACCCUCUAUUGACCGUUUACGACAACAACGAGCUGAAGCUGGGGAGACACUAAAGGAAGAAGCUUUGCGUGACAUCAUCGAGACCGGCAGGACAAUGGAGGAUCUCUAUGGUCAUUACUUCGACUUCAUACUGGUGCACCAUCACCACGAUAGAGCGUUGGAAGAUCUAAUUACCGAGAUUGAGCGUAUCGAAACAGAGCCACAGUGGGUUCCAGUUUCUUGGUUAGGUUGAACGUAUUAACAUUCUUCAUAUCUUAUAAUCUCUAGCAAUAAUUGCCCAAUAGAAAAGCUGAAAUCAUAAACCCUUGUAUCCUAAUCCAACAUGAUUGGAACAAAAUAAUGACCUUUGACAUGAUGCAAGAAUGUUUUAUUGUUUAUAUUUAUAGGUUAAAGUCAUGUCAACCAUUGGUUCACCCAAAUCUUAUUCUUUGUAAUAUGUACAUACUUAUGUUUACCGGGUUUUUCUGCCUCACAUGGUCUUCAUUUAUACUGGUACAUGUAGUAUGAGAAAUAUUUGAUACCCCUUCAGUUCAAAAUCCAUCAUUUGAAUUAACAAAGCAACCACAACAUGGUGUAGUACUGCAAAUCCACAUUUCUAAUACGUGGGUUAUUUGAGAUUUCUUUAUUUACCUCAGUACUGUACCAUCAGAUUGUUAUCACAGUAAUGGUAUAACUUCGUAUUAUCAAGCUUGAUUAUGUAGCAAAGGGGGUGAUGACAAUAGAAUAAACCUCAAGUGGCAGAUAUGGAAUGAAAUCCAAUAUUAUGAGCAUGAACCUUUGUCAAAAAUAUACAUUUUACUUGCACUUUUGAGGUUCCGCUCAUUUUGGUCAACAUCUCACUUAAAUCUCAAAUGAAUUGUUGUUUAUUUAGCCAUCAUAUAUUUUUACAAUUUUUGAAUGGCGCUAGUAAGAUUUUAAGUUGAUUUAGUUAUAGUUAUAUCAUUGAAUAAAGUGUAAAUUUUAUUAUUUUAUAUUCUGUGGUGCAUAGAUUAAAAGUAAUAUUUUCCACAGAAAAUCCUUGAUAAAAUGAGCAAUUAGAAAUAUACAUUUAUAUGAAUCUUGUAAAAAAAAUGAAAUCCAAUUUGUAUGUACUGUAAUGUUUAAAAUCUGACACAUUUAUUACUUAACAGUAAAUUUUCUCUCUACAGAUGAGUAUUGGUUUUAUUAUUAUACAAUUUUAUUUUGUUAUUAUUAUGCUUCAAUUGACCCAAACCCUCUGAUUCCUGUACGCAGAUGAUUUUAUGAAUGUGUAUGUAUGAAUGGAAGAUUUAUGAGAAAUUAUAUGAUGAAUUAUUUAUACCAUUUAAAUUAAACACCAGAAUGGUUAUGUAAUAAGAAAUAUGAAUUUUGUUGAAUUAAUUUCCCAACUUGAGUUGGGGUGGGCAUACAGAGUCAAUGCUGUAAUAUGAUUCGUUGAUUGCAGGUACAGUAUAGGAACUGGUUUUAUUUUAUAAUUUAAUAAUUAACCAAAAGUCCUCUGUAUAUUAUGCUAUAUCAUACCAUUCCUAUAGAACCUGUUAUCGCCUUGUAUUUAAUACGUAGCUAAGCUAUUCCAUACACCAUUCCUAAAAAUUGUUAAAGUUAUGAAACACCUAUGUCACCUUGUAAUUAACUUUUAGCUAAGCACUUUUCCUCAGUGCCUUGUAAAGGGAAGGGAGAGUAGAGAAAAUAAUUGUCUUCCAUGAAAAAUGUAAAAAGAUCUUGGAAGAUGCUUUUUAUUACCAUUCAUUAACAACUUCAUAAUUAUUACUAAUAAUAAUACUUUUAAUAUUAUUAGCAUCAAUACUUUUACCAUAAUUAUUUUUAUUAUCAUUUAUAUAGCAAUUUAAUCAUUAUUUAUGUAAUGCAUAGUUGAUAAUUGGCCAAUCCUGAUGCUAUAUUUAUAUGAUUGUGCAUAUACAGUGUAAGCACAAGUGCUUUUUAAUAUAUAAAUUUGUAUUAGUUACAUUCUUUGUUCAUGUUAUAUCUGAACAGUCAAGAAUCUAAAUGGCAGCUAUUCCAUGGGAUUAUCUAUUUCAUGUAAGAACUAGUCUGUAUAAUUCUGGCCUGGUCCUAAAUCAUCUGGGAUUAAUUGUUUCUAAAAAUAGACCCAGUUGCAUGUCCCCCUCCCCCACUGAUUAUUCCUUGACCAUCAACAAACAUGAAUGUGAAACAACCUCUUAAGAUAUAGCAAUUAAUGUAUGCACAAUUUUUAAAUAGUGUGUUAGUCGUAUUGCCAAUAAUCUAAAUCUAGUUUCAUUACCAUUAUUAUUUUGUUAUAUUUACUUUGUGCUUAUGGUUUACCAUCAAAUAUUUAUACAAGUACAGUAGUUAUAUUCCAUGUACAGUAUAUAAACAGCGCAAUAUGAAUUCAUGUGCUUAUACCUUGAUUCAAACAUAAAAACACAUACUUACACACCCUCACACACCAUGAUUUAUGUAGAUGUGAUGUUUUAGUUAACUGUCAUUGAUGGUUGUCACAGCCUACAAAUUUAUCAUCUUUGUCCGUAGUUUCAGCAGUAUUUCUAAUUGGUAUAGUGUGAGAUGAUAUACUUAAUACAAUACACAGUUUUAUAUGUUUUAAAUACAAAUUGUAAAAUCAGAUUUUAAAUUCAUUUAUUUGUUUUCAAAGCCAACAAUGAUGCAUAAAAUAUUAAAGGCAUGUAUCUGUGAUACUUGCCAGAAUGUUAUUUUGAAUGAAAUAAACAAAUUAUUCAAUGUGUAAAAAUUAAAUUUAUGAAUAUAAAAAAAUAACAUAAGAAUCAUCUUUGUUUAUGACUCGUGGGCAGAUACCAUACUAAUUUGUUUUCAUAGGAAAAACAAAAUAAUACUUAAAAUUGAAUUUAACAGCUAUACAGUGGUAUUACAUUCCAGUUUAUAAACUGCAACUCAAGAUACUGCAAAUGAGUGCAACUUACAACAUCAUUCUUGAUAAAUCUUAUAUAUCCCAAAUUAGUGCAACCAAGCAUUGCAUUGUUUUCUCUGCCCAAAGUUUAUGGUUGUUGAGAUGGUGUUGAAAUUCUGAAAUUUGCCAAUAUAUUUUUAUUGUAAAAUAAUGUACUAUUUACUAUUAAGCACACCUUUUGUAUCAGUUGUCAAAAUACAGCAAAUAAUGUACACUUGUAUAAA